CUUCAACGAAAUUCGAGAUGAAGGAAUGACAGUUAGUGAGUCGUUCCAAGUGGCGUCAAUUAUUCAUUUAUUGCUGCCGGCUUGGAAGGAUUUCAAGAACUACCUUAAGCAUAAGCGAAAGGAAAUGAACUUGGAGCAAUUGAUCCUCCGUCUGCGGAUUGAAGAGGAUAAUCGGAAGAACGAUGGGAAACUCCCAAUUGUUCACGGCGCCAAGGCCAACGUGGUGGAGCAUGCAAAAGGCUCCAAAAAUAAAAAUAAUGGGAAGAGCAAGCUCGGUCCCAAGGGAGGCGUUUCCAAGACAAAGUUCAACGGAAAAUGCUUCAAUUGCAACAAGAACGGACACAAGUCCUCGAAUUGCAAGGCACCAAGGAAGAAGAAAGACUCCCAAGUCAACUUUUAACAUGGAACACAUUCCUAAAUUCACAAUUGAUGUGAAGCACAAAUGUGAUAUUUGUGUUGAGGCAAAACUAACGAAAACGUCUUUCAAAUCGGUUGAAAGAAAAACGGAACCACUAGAAUUAAUUCAUAGUGACGUUUGUGAUUUUAAAUCAAUACAAACACGUGGCGGUAAUAAAUAUUUUAUUACUUUUAUCGAUGAUAGCACUCGCUAUAGCUAUGUUUAUUUGUUGAAAAAUAAACACGAAGCAAUCGAUAAAUUCAUUCUUUAUAAGAAUGAACUGAAAAACCAACUUAAUCGACGGAUUAAAACGGUUAGGAGUGAUCGAGGUGGUGAGUAUGAAGCACCAAUUGGUGACUUUUGCGCUAGUGUGGGUAUAGUACACAAACAUACCGCACCCUAUUCACCUCAAUCAAACGGUGUUGCCGAACGAAAGAAUCGCACAUUGAAAGAUAUGAUGAAUGCGAUGCUUGUAAGUUCGGGCCUGCCACAAAAUAUGUGGGGCGAAGCAAUCUUGACAAGCAAUUACCUUUUAAAUAAGGUUCCCUGGAGAAAAAUAUGAUAAAACUCCGUAUGAGUUGUGGAAAGGCAGACGGCCUUCCUAUCAAUAUUUAAAAGUGUGGGGGUGUCUUGCUAAGGUGCUUGUACCGACACCAAAGAAAAUAAAAAUAGGUCCAAAAACGGUGAAUUGUAUUUUUAUUGGGUAUGCACAAAAUAGUAGUGCUUACUGGUUUUUAGUGUACGAUUCGAAUAAUCCGAAUGUACAUAAAAACACAAUAAUUGAGUCAAGGAAUGCAUCAUUCUUUAAAGACGUAUUUCCAUGCAAGUCCAACGAAGGACCUAGCACGUCAAAACGAACAUUUGACGUAGCUAUGGAAAAUACUAGCGAGUGAUCCGGUGAAGAACCCGAACCGGCAAACGUGCUAGAGUUGAAAAAUCCUUCGGACCGGAUUUUCUCACAUACUUGGUGGAAUUCGAUUCUAAUAUUCUAACUUGUAUGGUAGAAAAUGAACCGGAUUUUCUAACAUGUUUGGUAGAAAAUGAGCCACGGACUUAUACGGAAGCCGUGACGUCUACCGAAGGACCAAUGUGGAAAGAAGCCAUCAAAAGUGAGGUGGACUCUAUCCUAAAAAAUCACACAUGGGAAUUGGUUGAUCUCCCUCAGGGAUGUAAACCUUUGAGAUCCAAGUGGAUUUUUAAACGUAAAAUGAAACCGGACGAUUCCAUUGAAAAGUAUAAGGCUAGACUUGUAAUCAAAGGAUACAAGCAACGUGAAGGCCAUGAUUACUUUGACACGUAUUCUCCUGUGACGAGAAUAAAUUCCACUAGGAUGAUACUAGCGAUUGCCGCUUUGCGGAAUUUGGAAGUUCAUCAAAUGGACGUAAAAAUCGCUUUUCUAAACGGCGAUAUAGACGAAGAAAUCUAUAUGGAACAACCCGAGGGUUUUCGUGUUCCAGGCCAAGAAAAGAAGGUUUGUAAAUUAAUUAAAUCAUUGUAUGGAUUGAAACAAGCCCCUAAACAGUGGCACGAAAAGUUCGAUCAUGCAAUGUUAAUUAAUGGGUUUAAAAUAAACGAAAGUGACAAAUGCGUCUAUGUGAAAAGCACGGUAGACGGCUAUGUCAUUUUAUGUUUAUACGUGGAUGAUAUACUCAUCGUGGGUAGUAAUAAUCUAAUGAUUAAUUCUACCAAAAGCAUGUUAAAUUCUAAAUUUGACAUGAAGGAUAUGGGGCUGGCCGAUUUAAUCCUUGGGAUUAAAAUAAUUAGAGGACCUGAUGGCCUGACGCUAAGCCAAUCCCAUUACGUUGAUAAAAUCCUUAAUAAAUUUAAUAAGGAUGAUUAUCAAGAGGCAAGGACGCCAUUAGAUAAAAACGUACACCUGACCAAAAAUCGUGGAGAGUGUAUUUCUCAAAUAGAAUACGCUAGGAUUAUUGGCAGUUUAAUGUAUCUAAUGAGUUGUACCAGGCCUGAUACUGCCUUUGUGGUUAGUAAGCUAAGUAGAUAUACUAGCAACCCCGGUGAUGAACACUGGAAGGCAAUAGUAAGAGUUUUUAGGUACUUACGAAAAACCCAAAAUCUUGGACUGCACUAUGGAAGAUAUCCAGCUGUACUCGAAGGGUAUAGCGACGCUAGUUGGAUAUCUGACAUUAAGGACUCAAAGUCCACAAGUGGAUAUGUUUUCACUUUGGCAGGUGCAGCCGUGUCAUGGAAAUCCUCGAAACAAACGUUAAUAGCUAGAUCCACAAUGGAAUCUGAGCUAAUAGCCUUGGAUAAGUGCACUGAAGAGGCUGAAUGGCUACGCCAUUUUCUCGAGGACAUUCCAAGUUGGGAGAAGCCUGUCCCUCCAAUAUGCAUACAUUGCGAUUGUCAGGCAGCAAUUGGAAGGGCACAGAGCAAUCUCUAUAAUGGUAAGUCUAGACACGUUCGUCGUAGACAUAACACCAUUAAACAACUCCUCACAACGGGUGUUAUCACUGUUGACUACGUAAAGUCAAAGGAUAACAUAGCGGAUCCGCUAACCAAGGCAUUGGCUAGAGAAUUGUUGGAGAAGUUGUCACGAGGAAUGGGAUUAAAGCCCGUGAAUUGAAAAGUUCUAUAGUGGAUACCCAACCUAGUUGGUCCUAGGUUCAAAUGGGAGAAUUAAAUUAUAGAGCGAAGGAUGGUCAUUGUGGGGGUCCCGGACUCCUACCCACUCCUCGUUGAAACAGUGACUCCCGCACGAGGUUAGCAAAAACGUUUGCUUUAAUGAUUCUAAAAAUGUUGAUCUACUCGAUAACAUUGGAAGAGUAUGCGGGAUACUCGUGAAAGAAUCACCUAUGUGAGAGAGAAGAGGGCCGCUUCAAAGGAGAACUGUAAACGCCCAGUUCUUUAGAAACUCUUGCAGAACCAAGACGGUGACCCAUGGCCAAAACGGGCACACCCAUGAGAACGGAACAAAAUUGGAAGGUUCUUGUGUAAAGAUAAGUCAAUGUUUACACGACGGCAGUAUAGUUCAAGGACAUCGAGUCUACUAGACAGCCAGUAAAUAAACACGUCUUUACAGCGGAAGGUUCAAAGGAUUAAACCUACCUCUCCGUGUGCAGGGAUCAUCCGGUGAACACAACGUGUCCUCCUAUCUUCAUGUCUUUUUUAAGUCUCGAAAAUCAAUUUUCAUUCAUCUGGGGGAUUGUUGGAAAAUGUGUUAGUAAAUUGCAUUAAAUGGUCAUUUUGGGGCAAUUUUUUGAGUGGGGUCCACUUCCGAUUUGGGUCGGGUCAAAGUGGUUUCGGAUUGUCCUUGUUAAGGGCUACAAUUCGAUACGUGGUACACUCAAAACGGAUAACGGGUGAAUGAGAUAUCGAUUUUCGAAGUUUACCCGUUGAAAUGGAGCAGCAGCCGGCUGCUCCAGCAGCCCACUGUCGGCAGGACAGUCCGCAGCAGCCUGCUGUCGGCAGGACAGUCCGCAGCAGCCUGCUGCUGAGACGUCUUCCGCAGCCUACUACUGGGACGUUACAACGCCAUAAAUGUUCAACGUUCUUUUGCAAUAAAUGGACGGUUUUCUGGACUAGAAUCAAUGCCAACGUGCUGGACAUUGAUUACCAACGUUCAUAUCCAUUAAACCUCCAUUAAACACACAACAAAUCUUCCCUAUAAAUGGCUGCAGGUGGUUUGCAACAAUACACAACACACAAUACGAACUUCACGUGUUUUCUAGAUCAAAUACACCUCCAGUCACUCUGAAAAAUUCCUAAGUGUUCUUACUUUGUUCACGUUCGUUGGAACUUUAGUUUGAGUGCUAAACUAUUGUUCGAAGUCAUCGUAUCCUGGGAAACGAUCGUUGCAACGCUCCUAGCACCCCGGGAGGCAACGAAUACAUUUUAAGGAAAUCGUGCGUAGCACGAGCUUUGACUUAUUCUGCUUCAUCUCAUUUCUUGGUUUUCCUUUAAGUCAUUUUAUUUAAUUUAAUUAAUUUUAUUAAUUAUUUUCUUAGUUUUUCGAAACACACCCAACACAAAUUAAAUACAUUCUCACCAAUUUAACAUACCCAGCAAUCUAACAUUCUCAUGGUAACAUGACAUUCCUUGAAUCAAACGAGCCCUAAAUGUUUCCAUCUCCUCUUCUCUAUCCUAUCAUUUUUAGACUUUUCUUUACUUCCACAAAAUUCCCCUCCUUUUCUUGUCCUCUAUUAUCCCACCUUUCUCAUACUCACAUCUCCUUACCUACUUUCUAUUUUCAUUUUUUUCAAAUCACAUGUAAAUUGGUCACACUGACAAUUACAACAUUGGUUUACACAUUUACGGGCAACUAUUAUCUUAGUGUGAAAAUUUCAUCACAAAACACAAAUUUUAUUCACACAAACAAUCAAAUUUGAUCACAUAAACAACAGUUGUUUGUGAGCAAUGUUGAUUUGCAUGCAUAUAAACAACUAUUGACUGUACACACAAACAAUGGUUUGCACACCACAUACAUUUAUAUGUCAGUCUACUUUUGGCGCUAAAACCAAUGUUUGGGAACAUACAUCAUGAUUUCGGAACUUAACGUUUUAUGGAUAAUUUUUGCAACACCGACGAUAAUGCAAUUUUAUUUUUUUGAGCCACCCUUAAGCUUCUUAUUUCAAAUGCAUCUAUUUCAAGUUAUCACUUUGAAUUCAACUAUUCUGUCUAAGUUAGUUUCUAAUUCAAACAAGGUCCCCUAUUUAUAUAUUACAGUCAACAUUACCCCGCUCCAUUAAGUUCACCUUUUGAAUUGUACAAGUAAUGAGGUCCAUUUUUGCAACAAUCCAACAAGAUCUUUGAAAACCUCUAGACAUGAUUGUGAACUAACACUUUCACACACACACAUUUGUUUAGAUAAGAAGUAGAUUGUAUAGAGAUGUGUGAGUGAAUUAAUGCAUUCAAUUCGAGAUAUAAGAGUUCUAAAUUUGGGUGGCUUGUGCAGAUAAUUGUAGAAAUCCCUUACUUUGACACCAUCACCAAAUAGUUUAUUAUUCUUUUUUUUAAUUGUAUUAAUAAAAAGUUAAGCAUGUAUAGAUAAAUCGAAAUUGCAUACUUGAGCAUCAUUCAUGUACUAAAUGUCAUUUAUAAUGUAAAUGAUGUUUUAAUUUUUGUGUCUAACAUGAAGCGCUUUUAUAUAUGCUUUAACUUUCGUUCAUAUACUGUUUAUAGUACCAGGAAAGUGUUAUUUAUAUACAAAAAUGUUUACAAUUUUGAACAUUUUUCCUCAAAAAAACAUGUUACUCCCAAUGACAUUCCAACACUUUGUAUGAGGUUUGAGGUGCUGAUGAUUUGUUUGAUGAAUAAAUAAUUUGUAUGAGGUUUGAGUUAGACCAUAUAAUGACUCAUCUUUAAGUUUUGUGACAGACAUUGUUGGGAGCAGGUAGCGAUACAACUGUAACUUCAUUGACAUGGGCUUUGUCUUUGGUCUUGAAUAAUGAGGAUGUGUUGGAAAAGAUCCGAGAUGAGUUGGACAUGCAUGUAGGAAAAGAAAGGCUAGUCAAUGAUUCUGAUAUAAACAAUUUGACUUAUCUUCAAAACGUGGCCAAAGAAACAUUACGUUUGUAUCCAGCAGGACCUCUCUUGGUACCCCAUGAGGCUCAACAAGAUUGCAUAAUAAACAAGUACCAUGUUUUCAAGGGCACACGUUUAUUGAUAAAUGCUUCAAAGAUCCAUCGUGACCCAAGCUAUUGGACGAAUCCUGAUAUAUUCAAACCAGAGAGAUUCUUGACAAAUCAACAUAACGAAAUUGAUGUGAGAGGCAAACACUUUGAACUACUUCCCUUUGGAAGUGGAAGGAGAAUAUGUCCUGCGAUUUCUUUUGCCCUUGAAACUGUGCAAUUAGGAUUGGCUAACAUUAUUCAGGGGUUUGAUGUGAGAAGACCUUCAAGUGACCUCAUUGACAUGUCUGAAGCGAUUGGACUAAGUGUCACAAAAGUGACUCCCCUACAAGUUCUCAUCACUCCACGAUUGCCUUUUCAUCUCUAUCUUUGACAAAGUUUCAUAAUCUACAAUAAUGAUAAACUAAAUGAAAUUACUAAAAACGGAGUACACCUAGUUUAGCAUGAGCAUUAAGUUUGCUUUUGAUUGAUUUGAUGUAAAAUAAGUAUUUGCAUGCAUGACAAUAUAAUGUAAGCUUUGUGUGUGAGUGCAUAAUCAAGCAAAAUCACAUGGGAAAGAAAAUAUGACUAUUAUAUUUUGUCUUUGAAUAUCUAUGUAGGACCUCAUUCAAUUCGUAACAAGUUUUGGCUAGAAAAUAUGAAUCGGUU